UGUCAUGAUCCAAAGUCCAGCUGUUGCAACAUGUACCAACUUCAACUGCGGAAAACAUGAGAAAGAAUCUCCCGGGAUAAAGAUUUAGAAUUAACUGUGAAAUAGUCAUCAAGGAUGACUGCUCACCUGUGGAGAUAUUAAUUCCCAGAGGCAACAGGAUGGCAAAAAGUAUGCUAGUAGCCUACGCCCUGUGGGCAGUAGGUGGGCCCUUUGGCCUUCAUCAUCUCUAUUUAGGAAGAGACAGCCAUGCUCUGCUCUGGAUGCUAACUCUGGGAGGAUUUGGGUUUGGCUGGGUCAGAGAGUUCAUGCGUAUUCCUGCAUAUGUCAGUCAAGCCAAUGAAGAUGUAGAGAAAGAAAGAAGAAGAUCUCACAACAUGAUGCUCCCCCCUGUCGGCCCUGUCAGAUUUGCUGGACAGGUGUGUGUUGGGAUCUAUUUUGGCACUGUGGCUCUAAUAGGACUAAAAUCUCUCAAUUACUUCUACUUGAUCGUUCUGCCUUUAAGUGUGGGUGCAGGAGUACACCUGGUGUCCAAUGUUGGCCAGCAGACCUCGAAUCUCCAAAAAACCUUGACUGCUUGUCUCGUAACCUCCCCAAUAUUUUAUGGCAGCACCGUCUCACCUCUUCCCAUAAGUUUAGCUGCUAGUGUCACUGCCAUACAGCAUCGCAGGUUCAAACCUCCACGGACACCAGGCACCACACAGAAAUUUGGUCCACGACUGUAUAAGCUCACCCUGGCCUGGUUGGCCUUCUCUGCUCCACUAGGCUACUGCAUUUUUCACAACACCACAGCCACACUGUAUUACUUGUCUGACUGCAUAGCAGCACUGCUGGAUAUUUUUUGGUUCCUGCCUUGGCUCAGAGGUGUGAUAGAGUAUGUUUUUUUAAUGCCAUAUCGGAUCCUAUGUGCUCUCACUGGAGGAGGGUACCAGGAUGAGGCUUGGAGAAGGGUGCUAGAAAUAUUGCUGAGAGACUACACCGAGAAAGAAAGAGAGGCACUGCAGGUAUUGUCACUAGAGGCAGGAGCAUCUCUUGAUGAGAUAGCUCGAAGCUAUAGAGAGCUUGCCAAGACAUGGCAUCCAGACCACAAUCCCAGCAAGGACGCUGAGCCAAUGUUCAUGAAGAUCCAAGAGGCUUAUGAUGUCCUUCUCAGGUGGCACAAGCCCAAUCGAUUUAAAUAGUCAUGAUGUGUCCCUUACUGGUUUGACUGUAAUGUUUUUCCUGUCAUGUCCUUGGGGCAAGUUGUUUGCUGCACAAUAAUAAACCAAUUGCACAGAGAUAUCGUCUGUGUGUAUAAGAUAUGAACACCAUCACCUGUGAUUACUAACAUUUUUUCUUGUGAAACAUUCUGACUGUAUGAUUGUUCGUGUCAAACAAUUUGCUGCCACCUUGUGGCGCCAGAGAGGUAGUACCAGAAUAAACCAUUUGAUGACAG